AUGUUCCCAUCCUCGCCUUGGUCCCUUUGGGCUGUGGCCGUACCGGUGCUUGUCUACUUCAUCAAUCGAAUCUUCCUCCGUCGAGACGAUCGCUACAGGUUACCUCCUGGGCCACCAGGACUCCCUCUUGUGGGAAAUAUCCGAGAUCUACCCCCCGCCGGCGUGCCGGAAUUCCUACACUGGGUGAAGCACAAGGAUCAAUAUGGGCCGAUUAGCUCUGUGACCAUCAUGGGGAUGACGCUCAUAAUAGUGAACGACAGAGACAUGGCCCACGAAAUGUUGGACAAAACGGCUAGCAAGACUUCGGGCCGGCCAGACUCCAUCUUUGCAAACAAAAUGUGCGGUUAUGAAUCGAUUAUACUUUGCAAGGGGUACAACAAAACUUUCAGAUUCUACCGCAAGCUUCUGCACCAGGAACUGGGCACAAUAACUUCAGCUGCCCAAUUUCGCGGUAUUCAGGAACUGGAAAUGAAGCGACAGCUUAUUAGGACACUGAGAGCACCUAAAAAAUUAUUGGACCACUACAGAACGUCCGCCGCUGCCACCAUCUUGAAGAUGGCAUACGGCUAUACACUUGAGCCACACAAGCCUGAUUAUCUGGUAGAAUUAGCUGACCGCGUGCUGAGUGAAUUCUCCCAAGCGGCGGUACCAAUGUCCUGGGCAGUUGAUAUUCUGCCCUUUCUUCAGUAUUUACCGAAAUGGACGCCUGGUGCAGGAUUCAUAAGCAAGGCCCGUGUAAUGAGGAGAAGGCUUGAGACUGCCGCAGAGCUGCCAUAUCGGUUUGUCCAGCACCAGAUGACGGCCAAGAACCACCAGCCCUCCUACGUUUCGAAAUUGAUAGAGUAUUUCACUCAAUCUUAUGGAGAUUCGCCAAGCCCGGGUUCAGCUGAUGAGGAUGCAAUCAUGUGGACGGCUAUGAGUCUUUAUGGCGCCGCGUCUGACACGACCGUGAUAACACUCACGGUAUUUACGGCCGCCAUGAUUCUCUACCCGGACGUGCAGCGAAAAGCUCAAGAUGAAAUCGAUCGAGUGGUCGGUUUCGGUAAACUACCGACAUUUGAGGACCGCGACAAGCUUCCAUACGUCAACGCCUUGAUCAAGGAAGCCGCCAGGUGGUGGCCCAUCACCCCGCUGGGGUUUCCGCAUGUUGUCGAUAGCGACUUUGACUACAAUGGCUUCCGUAUCCCCAAAGGGGCAACCAUACUCCCGUCUGUCUAUUGGUUUCUGCAUGAUCCUCAGGUGUAUCAUGAGCCAGAGACCUUUGAACCUGAACGCUUUUUGGCCCCACGAAACGAACCCGACCCCGCAUCUGAUGUGUUUGGCUAUGGAAGGAGGAUCUGUCCCGGACGAUUUUUCGCGGAUUCAAGCUUGUACAUCAACAUUGUGCAGUCUCUGUCCAUGUUCGAUUUCAGACAUGCCGUGGGUGACGACGGAAAGGAAGUCAGCAUCAGUCUAGAACCUCAGCCCGGGAUCUUGACACAUCCGAACAAGUUCCAGUAUCUAAUAACUCCCCGGAGUCGCCAGCAUAUCGACUUGAUCAAUCAAAUUGAGGUGGACACUCCAUGGGAGCCAAGUGAUGCCGAGCAUCUUCAGAGCGCUGCCAUACAAUGA